AUGGCGAACGAUUACUUCGAACGGCUUCAGAAUCACCGAGAGACGGGCCCUUCUCGGUUUCCUCAGCAAAAUCAAUAUGCCUCUUUCCGAUCGCCGUUUCAGAGGUACCCAGAUGCUGUCUUGGAUUUGCCCCCUACAUAUCAAACGCCAUUGAGUGACAUUCACCAACCGUACCAUUAUCAAACACAUUAUGCUCCUCUUGAGCAAUAUGUGAGGCCGCAAGACACAACAUAUUCCUCAUUGACUACCUAUCCUUUAAUCCCUUAUCAAGGAGGACAGCAAUACCGAGCAAACCCACCUGCGACUACACAUCAACCACCUCCUGCCCCUCCUCUUUCGACCCUCUCCCAACCUCUACCCUGGAACCACGCUCAAACACAACCGCAAAAUACUUUGUCAUAUCUGAACUAUCCACCUUCUACGCGCGCGGCCGAGGUCGUUGAUGUUGAUGUUAGUGGGCAUGAUGGGAAGAGACGUCGUCUUGAAUCAUCCGCGACUGUGACCUUGUCGAAGCCGACGAUGCCACCUCAAGGAAGACUCUCGAAAUACUCAUUUACUCCGCAAGACACCACGGACAGGAGCUAUCUGAAGACGCGUGCGGACAUAGCAAAACCUCUGGAUGUGACUGACGCGGCGGAAAAGCUACAAUACGAUCCGAAAACAAUUGCCCGAGAUGUCUUAAUUGCAUCUGGGCGCCACCCUACGGAAGCUCCUUUGAAUCAUCAUCUGUUCCGCCUUCGAGAUGUCUUCACUGGGCUCGACACUGCUUCAGAUUUGGAAACCUUUCGCUGGGAUCUUGUAGACCCGGACGACAAGCAAGCCAAUAAUACAACCACAGCACGUGACGUACAACUGUUGUCCGCGCCAGCGCAUGUGACUUCCGCCAUGGUGCGUCCAGCCCAACCAAAUCCUCCAUAUGCUGGUGUUACCGCAACUCCGCAGCACCCUCAUCAACAAUAUCAACAACCAUCGCAACUACAGCCACGGCCCUUGCAGACGCUGGAGACAUCACAGACAUCACAGACAUCACAGACAGUCCCUGAGCAGAGAUCCUCAUCUCAACCCAAUUCUCAGAAACAAGUACAACCUCCCUCUGAUCCCCAGCCUCGGUCGCACCCUUCGCCCCAAGUACAACUGCAAGCACAGCCCCCGUCGCAGCCGCAACCAAAGCCCGGACCCUCAAUUCAAAUUCGUACAAAGACACAGCCGCCUCCUAAAGCAAAGUCGUCACCGCGCUCAUCAACCAAUAUGGUCGGGAGAAGACCUGGGCGACCGCCAGCGAGCUCUAAGAUUGAGGUUACAAUACCAAUCACUUCCCAGAUUCCGUAUAAGGUCUACACGUGUGGCUGGGAGAAGUGCCAAGCGGAGCUGCACAAUCUUGAAAUGCUCAAGAAGCACAUUUCUAAAAUUCACGUGCCUUACACGCUCACGUGUCAAUGGAAAGACUGCACAUUUCGCGAGAACCUACCGGCGGUGCAAUUGUACAAGCAUGUCCUUUCAGAACAUGUGGUGUCUAUCGCAUGGACGCUGGGCGAUGGACCAUCAGUGCCUGCAACUGGUGAGAGAAUAUCGAGAUGA